AAAGAACAAGGGGAGACAAAGCUAACAGCCUAACAAUAGCAGAGACAGUCGUCCUAUUUGCAAGGCAUUAUUUUUAAAUUAAAAAAACCAAUACCUUUGCCGCAUCUUCUACUGUAAAGUAAAGCCCCUCCACCGCCGGAGACGCCGCCGCAGUCCAUUGUUACACCGGCGCCUCCGGAUCUCAUCGAAAUGAAAAGGGGCUGCAAGUUCUCGUUUCACGUCGGUGCCGUGAUAGCCGCCAUCAUUUACAUAUAUUUCUCGACCGUGUUUGUCUUCAUUGACCGGUGUUUCGCACUCGGGUCCUCACCUGGGACGCUACACGCAGCCGCCUUCACUUUUUUGGCGGUCAUGUGCGUUUCCAGUUACCGCCUCGCCAUUUACACCGAUCCCGGUCGGGUACCCUCGGAUUUCAUGCCGGAUAUUGAGAAUUCCGAUAACCCGAUCCACGAAAUCAAACGCAAGGGUGGUGAUUUGAGAUACUGCCAAAAAUGCUCCCACUAUAAACCUCCUCGAGCCCAUCAUUGCCGUGUGUGCAACCAAUGUGUUUUACGAAUGGAUCACCAUUGCAUUUGGCUGAACAAUUGUGUGGGACAUGGAAACUAUAAGUUCUUCUUUGUUUUUGUAGUUUUUGCUGCCAUCGCCUGCAUAUACUCCCUGGCGUUGCUCAUGGGCAGUAUGACGAUUGAUUUUCAGAACAUUGCUGAGGGUUCUUAUCGAACGAUACAUGUCGUUUCCGGAUUGCUCUUGUUUCCUUUAAGUUUGGCGCUGGGAUUCUUUGUUGGCUGGCACAUUUACCUGAUUCUACACAACAUGACUACAAUCGAGUACCAUGAAGGUGUGAGGGCCAUGGUGCUCGCAGAAAAAGGCGGCUAUCUGUAUUCGCAUCCGUACGAUAUCAGCGCAUACGAGAAUUUGACAGCAAUUCUAGGGCCUAACAUGCUGUGCUGGAUUUGCCCCAGUUCAGGACACAUUGAUUCUGGUCUUCGUUUUCGAACAAAGUAUGAUGAACUGAUGAUUGGAUCACCCUGUAGUAAUCUUUUGUGAUCCUUUAAAUCUGUUGAGUCUGUUCUGUUAGUUAAUGAAGGUGGGAUCUUUUAGGGCAUCAUACAUACCCAUCUUGAUUCUCUUACAUGCCCGUUAUAUAGUAAAGUGUUGUUGGGCAUCAUAUACAAGUUGUACUGAACCAAGAAAAUUAGGAAACCCUGAUUGAUUAAGGCGAGGUAAAACUAAAUUGUGUGUAAUGUAAUCAUGUGACACCGACAGCAAAAUGUGUUCUCACCAAUGAAUGAUUGGCACGA